GUGUGUGUCCUGCGGCGUUUGCUUCAGUACAGUUGGACAUCCCGCUCUCCGCCGUCUUUGGCAGAUAUCUAUUUCCUGGUCGUUCCGUUGGGAGUGGCCGUUGCCCUCGUGACGCAAAUGCUGUGUGACCUCCCGGAUUUAUGCGUCUUUCCGGACUUGUACAAGGAGUACAGAGCGAGCAGGAGACGUUAAAGCAAUGAGGAGGACUUUUUCCUGGAGGUUAGUGAAGUUGCUCACCGUUUCAGCCGUGCUCGCGUCUGCUUACAUUUUAGUGAGUACCGUCACAGUAACACCGAGUAAACAUCCGCCAAAGCUAAGUCCGCUUCCAGAGGAGGAGUACAGGCUCAUAGCCCCUAAAACAUACCAGUAUAAUCUCAAUCAGCCUGCUGUAUGCAAGGACACAACCCCCUUCCUGUUUUUUAUGGACCCAGUUGCCCCUGUGGAGGCUGCAGCAAGGGAGGCCAUCAGGAAAACAUGGGGUGCUCCAGGUCAGGACACCCGCACUCUGUUCUAUGUGGGGCUCCCAGAGGGGGGGCAGGUGUCAAGCAUUCAGGCCAAGUUAGAGGGGGAGAGUAAGUAACAUGCAGACAUCAUCCAGUUUAACUUUCGCGACAGUUACCAGAACCUGACAAUCAAAACCAUGAUGAUGAUGAACUGGCUGGCGACCCACUGCCCAAACGCCUCCUACGCCAUGAAGGUGGAUACUGACAUCUUUGUGAAUGUGUUUUACCUCAUCAGAAGACUGAGGAGCUCCCCGAGGCAGGGCUUCAUCACAGGCUCAGUGAUAGCUGAUGGCCGACCGAGGAGGAACAGUAACAGCAAAUGGUAUGUGUCAGAGGAGCUGUACCCUGAGGACAGCUUCCCUCCGUAUGUGUCGGGAGCUGGGUAUGUCUUCUCUGCAGACCUUGCUGCCAGGAUCUCCUGGGCAUCCAGAUUUAUCAGGAUGAUACCCCUGGAGGACGUCUACGUGGGGCUGUGUCUGCGUGUGCUGGAUGUCCAGCCGGUGUACUCCAGCAGCCUGCUGACCCUCAGGUUGUUUGAAAUCAAACAUUUGGGGUAUGACAGGUGCACCUUUGCCAAAUUGGUCAUUGCCAAUGGAUUUAAGCCAUCACAACUGCUGCACAUGUGGCAGGACUUCUCCAAAGGACACACCAGCUGCUGACAUUAACUUUUACCAAGUGCUUCACAGUCAACCCAAGCAUGAGCAGCCUGCUGUACAGGACAGAAAAAGUUAUUGACAUUCUGAAUUUAACAAACACAUUUGUCAAUGAAUCAGUUAUUCAACAAAAAUUAAAUGACAGCAGUUAUGAUAAUAAUCCUUAAAGUUGUUCUCAACAUGCCCCCAAUCCCCAAGGGAUUCUGAGACAUGAAAUGUUUUUCAUUUUGAAAUGUGACAGAAGGAAAAGCACAGGAGUUAAUACUAAACUGCAUUCAGUUUGAGGGUCCUGGUUUUGUUCAUGCUUGCUCACUGUCACACUUUCAUGGCUUACUGGGACACAUGAAUAGAACAGAGCCUUUUCUACUAUGACAAGUCCAAAUAUAUGCUGUGAUAAAAACCUACAAGAAAAAAAAAGCAUAUUUCUGAUGUUCUGAAGUUUUCCCUAAUCUAUCUAAUCUAAUCUGUUUUAUUGUAAAAUCGUUGUUAGUUAAGCUCCAGACUUCUAAAAUACAGUCAGAAAAGGUAACAUUACUCUUUAAUUGAACUGUGCACAAACCAUAGACACAUGCAGCCUGUUUUAUGGCUUUGUUUUGAAGUCAGUCCUCAUGCAUAUACUUCAUGAUUAAUUUCCAAAAACUGACACAUUAAUUGAUAAUAAAACCGAGGGCUCCUGAUUCUUUUUGUUGAUUAAUUACAGAAUUGCAGAGAAAUGUCUAUCAAGAGCUGAGAUCUUUAAAUGUCUUGUUUUUUUCUGACCAGAAUUAUCAGUUUAUGGUCCUGUCAAACAAACAAAAUGGGAACUCAAUAAUGUUUGCUUAUCAAAAGAAAAUUGAAGAUAAAUUCUAAUUAAAUAUCAGUGAAUUAAACAAAUGAGUCUCUUAACACACUACAUGAUUAAAGGAAACUAUAAGAUUCAUAAUUUUGUCUGUAAAAUGUUCAAAAAUAAUGAAGAAGAGUCCAAGGCAACGUUUACUGUCCAAAUCCCAAAGAGAUUCAGUACAUCACAUGAGCAACAUCAAAGACUCCCUGCAAGUUAAUACUGAUAACACUCAUGAAUUUGAUAAUCCGUGAUUAAAAUAGAUGUUUUUUUUAAGUGUUGGACUAAUGGAUCUGUUGUUUCAGUUCUAACUAAUAAUGAAGGUAACUGUUGAAGAAUGAUUGUCAUUUUCUAUUUCAUGUGCCCCAGAAUGUUUAUCCAAAGUGCUGGAAAAGUCACAUGGUAAAAAUGACUGUAUAUUAAUCUACAGCAGGGGUAGAUGUCAUCAUGGUUUCUCAGAAUUCGCAGUUUACACCAAAGACUAUUUAAAAAUAGAUCAAUUUUACUGUAAUUGUACCUAUUCUCCAGUUAGUGCCUGAUGGUUUUGGGAUCCACAUCUAUGAUAAAAGGCAUUACCCAGAAAACACGUUGUGUAAGAAACACAUUGCACUUCUGCUAUAUAAUAUGAAUAGCUUCACAGAAUGUGGACUUUAUAACAUAACUUGCUGCUAAUUUGCCAGGUUACUGUGCCAAUUUUUAUUAAAGUACAAAUCUUACAACAGUGUGCUUCUUUAUUUAUGUGCGGUAGUUGCACAUGACAACCAGCUAGUGGCAGUAUUUGUCAGAUGACACAGGUUCCACUCAAAAGUGUAAGAGGACUUUGCUGAUGACUCAGUGCCUAAUGCAGAUAUACCGUGAUCUUUGGACAGUGAUCAUUUUGCAUUGAUUUUGCUCUCAGAAAAGCAUUUAUUUGCUUUAAUUUGAUAUUUUGUUUCCUAUUCCCUUUUAGGUUAAAACUGUUUGAUACUGCUGACUGUACACCAGAAUGCCUCAUAGAUACCUUAAUAUGUAGUAAGAAAUGCUGAAUCAAUAAUAAUAAUAAUAAUAAUAAUGAUAAUAAUAAUAAUGAUAAUAACAAUAAUAAUAAUAAUAAUAAUAAUAAUAAUGAGAAGAUACACUGCAUCCACUUGUCUGUCAGUGAGUCAAUUUAUUUUUUUAUUUUUUAGUGUAAUUCAUUGCUGCUGCUUUUGUUGUGCUAGUACUUUUGCUACUGCCACCUUGGUAUCACUGGAGACUUUCAGUUUGCCACGCUGAAAUAAAUACC